GCUGAAGUGUGAUCAACAAAAAUGUGAUGUUGAAAACUCAGAGAAGAAUGAUGUGGAUACAGCAGAACCACCUGAAAUAAAGCCUGGAUCAAGUGAACCAAAGGAGACAGUGGAGAUGGAGACUGGAAGUAAAGUCAAAUUAAAGUGUGAUCCACCAAAGGAACACAGUGAUGCUGAACAUUUGAAGAAGAAUGAUGAUGGCACAGCAAAGCAGCCUGAAACAAAACCACAGAAGAAAGGGAUAAAAGGAAACAUUGUUAUAAACAAUCUGUCUAUCUACGUCAACAAUGUCGUCAAGUUUUUCUCAUUUAAAGAUACUCAUGAAAUGGAUCUAAGUGGAAACAAGCAGUCAGAGAUUGUCACGAAAGAAAAAGAGAAGAAUAAACUCCAAGAAGAAACUGAGAUACUGUUAGACAGACUUCACCUUCAGGACAGCUAUCAACAAAAAAUGUCACCAGCAGACUUUUUAAAAAUAGGUCCACCUGUGAAACACAGCAAUGAAACUUGUGAGAAAGAUUUAGCUCAAACAUUUCUUCAGAGGUUAAUGAUGUUAGAUUACAGAGCCAGAUACAUCCCUGUACACCAGGGCAAGUCUGAUGUGAACUGUUCACAACCAGUUCCAGAGUCUGACAGUGUUUAUACUGAUGACAGUGAUUUAGAUGCUCUUUAUAGCAUAAACACAGAUAUUGAUCAAUCAGAACAGGCUCAGGUGCACCCAGUGGAUGUUCAAAUGGCUGUAUUUCACUGCUCAGACGCCUUCCUUAAGCAGAACAUGAUCACAAAGUUGUCACAGUGUCAGUAUGCCCUACCAUUGCUCGUUCCUGAUCCUGUCUCAAUGGACAUUAAGUGUCCUCUGUGGACAUUCAGAAAAAUAACCAAAACAUGGAAGAAAACUCAAGGUGAUCUUAAGACUGUCACCAUGAAGAGCAUGCCAGUCUGCAAAGCUGAGACACCCUUGGUGUCAUUUUUCCGUCUGGGUUCACUGUCUCUGUCUAAAUCUCAGCUGAUGAACACUUUGAUCAACGACCGUCACAGCACCUUCUUCCACAGAAACUGUCCAGGUAGCACCAAAUCUCAUCAUUUGAUGGAUGGUGUGGCAGAGAUUACCUGGUACUGUCCUGCUGGUAAACCCAAUGAUUCCUUCACUGACUGUGUUGCCUUCUGUAAUCUUCAUGGUGAUUCUCUGUUGAUUGAAAAGCAGCGUGAAAUACUGACUGAAAAAUCUUCAGUCAUUGUUCUUCUGCUACCAACUCUGGAGAAAAGUCAGGAGAGUAGUGCAGUUACAAAGACCCUUUACAGGUCUACAAAGCCUCUAAUAAUUCUCAUUGCUGAUAGUGACUGUGGUGCAGUUCAGAUAAAACCAGGAAAAUACAAACUGGGUUUGAAGGACAGAAGCCAGUCAGAUGUUUCUGAAAAGCUGAAACAGAUUAUUGGAAAUAUUUUAUCUGGACCACAUACAACCUUCCAGCUUGAAUCUUUGGCCAAGGUCUCUGGGAUCAGAGUGGAUGAAAAUGACUCAGUCUUCCAAAAAGGGAAAUCUGCUGCCAUGGAAAUGGUGAAAAUGAUUGAGGGGAUGGAUAUUUCCAAGAUCAAAGAGAAAUUUCUCCCUUGUGAAGGACAACUUUGGUACAACUGGUGCAGAAUAAACAAAGAGCUGUAUCACCUGAAAGGAAACAUUGAGAAAGAAAAAGAACAGAAGGGAAAACAACUGAUGGAAAUACGACAGAAACAAUGUGAUGCUUCCUGUAGUGAACUGAUGAAGUCAUUCACUAAAAGCCUCCUGAAUCUACCAUCUAAAAACAAAGAAUAUUUCUUGAAGUGGACUCAGAUCCUAAUAGAUGGCCUUUCCACUGAUGAUCUCUCUUCAAUUCUCCAAAACUAUGAUGAAACGUGGUCUGAGGUCUUGGAUUUGAAGAGGAAACAUAAUAAAUCUGCAGAGUUCAAAGAAAAACAAGCUGAACUUGAACAUUUAUCCAAAAAGCUGCAGUCAGCAACUUUUGGCUUGGAGCACAUCUUCAGAGAAAUGGGACAGAUCUACGAAGCCCAUAAGUCUCAGAAGAAACAAACAGGAAGCCAACACACUGACUGGGUUAAAUACCCUGAGCUGGCAGCAGAUGUGAUGAUAUCAGGAUACCCCAUGGAGCUGAUGGACGGUGAUGCAGGUCAUGUUCCAUUAACAUGGAUCUCUAGUCUUUUACAGGAAGUCAUCAAUAGACUGGGUGACCAGAGAGUGUUUGUGUUGUCAGUGUUGGGCAUACAAAGCAGUGGGAAAUCAACAAUGCUGAAUGCCAUGUUUGGAUUGCAGCUUGCAGUGAGUGCUGGCAGGUGCACCGAGGGUGCCUACAUGCAGCUGCUCAAACUUUCUGAUGAAAUCAAGAACGACUACAAGUUUGACUAUGUUCUGAUUGUGGACACUGAAGGACUGCGUGCUCUUGACUUGGCCAGUAACACCACUCUUCAUCACGACAAUGAACUGGCAACAUUUGUUGUUGGUGUGGGAAACAUGACAUUGAUCAACAUCCUUGGUGAGAAUCCAGCUGACAUGCAAGAUGUCCUGCAGAUUGUUGUUCAGGCUUUCAUGAGGAUGAAGAAAGUUAAACUCUCCCCAAGUUGUGUGUUUGUUCACCAGAAUGUCACAGAUGUUGCAGCUGCAGAGAAAAACAUGGACGGAAAGAGACGGUUGCAAGAAAAACUGGACAAGAUGGCUCAACUAGCUGCAGAGGAGGAGGUGUGUGAUGUUGAGUGUUUCAGUGAUGUCAUUGCAUUUGAUGUGCAGAAGGAUGUGAAAUACUUUGCCCAGUUAUGGGAGGGAAGUCCACCAAUGGCGCCUCCAAAUCCUGGUUAUAGUGAGAGUGUCCAAGAACUGAAGAACAUCAUCCUGUCUAAGGCUUCAAAGUCUACAGGAAUCCUUCUGUCACAUUUCAGCAGCAAAAUCCAGGAUCUGUGGAACGCACUGAUGAAUGAACACUUUGUGUUUAGCUUCAAAAACACUCAAGAAAUUGCAGCAUACAGAAAACUCGAGUUCCAGUAUGGUAACUGGACCUGGACCCUCAGGAGUGAGAUGCUGAAAAUUAAAAAACAGCUUUAUCCCAAAAUUGAAUAUGGACAGCUUGACAAGAUUGAGAACAGCUGUCUUUCUAAAGAAAUGAACAAAACAUAUGAAGAAUUAAAAAAACAAAUGGCGUCUUACUUUGAGGAUGACAGAGACAAAGAAAUGUUGGUUCAGUGGCGGGGCCAGUUUGAAAACAAAAUUAAAGAGUUUCAUGAGGAGCACAUUAGAGAAGUGAAAAGAAAAUUGGAUGAAGUUAUCCAGCAGAAGAAUGCUCGAAAAAAGCUUGACAGCAAGAAGACAGAGUUUGAGAACAAACUGCUGCAAAAGAGCAAAGAGCUCGCACAUCAGUUAAAAGAUGUCGUAGAAAAUGAGGAAGAACUCAAAGCGCAGUUUGACUCUGUUUGGAGUCACUGGGUAGCUGAACUAACUAAAGAUACAAUACCCAUUAAGGACAUCAACCUGGAAGAAGAUCAGUUUAAUGUCCUUCAAGUCCUUGGGAUUGAAUGGGAUCUCAUUAUUAAGUCAAGAGAAAAAGGGAGAUACAAAGAACUGUCAGAAGUUGGGAAUUACUUGGGCUAUAUAACCCCAAUGAAGGAUUCGAGAGUGGGAAAAAUUUUGGAUUUUGUCUAUGAGAAAACGGGUUUAAAAAUGAUUUUAACCCAUGAUGACCACGAAGAAAUCAGAUCCUUCAUCAACAAUGUGGAACAGGAAUCACUGAAGGUCAUUCAAACCAAACCCGUAGCUACACAAGGCUACACUUCAACUUAUCUACAAGAAGUGGCCAAACAUGUUCAAAAGAAAAUGAUGGAAUUUGAAUCAGAGCGAAAGUAUAUCUUUAAGAAGAAGUUUACAGUUGAUCUCUUACUGUAUGUUUUUGAUAGCGCAACAAGUUGGCUUUUACAGUCACACAAGACAUACAAAGAGAACAAUGAUGCCCUCACCUAUUUGAACAGCAAGAAGAAGGAAUAUUACAACAUUUUCAAAAGCUACUGCAAGGGAAGCUCAUCUGCUGUGGUGUUUGGAGAAAUGAUGUGUGAAAGACUGAAGGUUUCAGCUGCUGAAGCCGUCAUUGAUCAGACUGCAGUUGAUCUCGCUGGAGAAAUGAAAUGCAGUCUCCCAGCAUUCAAUGGGAACAGACUGAACCUGGAGAGACACGUGUUGACAUCACUUGCUAAAAAAGCAGACUUCAGUAAAUUCAAAACCUACAUCCAAAAUCCAAGGAAGCAAGUAGAGGCUUUUAUAAAAGAAGAAGUGAAGAAAUACAUCUUUACAAAUCAGAAAGAAAAAGCACUGAAAAUACUCAAUAAGAAUGUAGAUGACAUCAAUAAGGUCAUCAAACAAGCUUUAUUUGAAGCAACAGACAAAUUGAAGAAGCAGGAAGGAAACAUAGACAUGUGGGUAAAGGUGUUUUACUCCUCACUGAACAACAAGCUGACACUUGAUACUAUUUUUUGUCAAACCUUCAGAGACAUCAACAAUUUUGACUUUCUUAAAGAAAAGUUAGAGAAAGGUCUAGAAACCGUCACUAUGGAGAUGAGCCUUCUCCCACUGGAUAAUGUGAUGGAGUGCAGGCAGACACCUGAUCAAAUCCUCAUUGAUCAGCUGUGUAACUGCUGCUGGGAACGCUGUCCUUUCUGUGCAGCUGUUUGCACCAACACCCUGAAGGACCACAGUCCUGAUAAACACAAUGUUCCUUUUCAUCGACCCUCUGGAGUUGCAGGAUGGCACACAAAAGGCACAGUGGAUCUGGCCAUUGAUUUCUGCACCACAUUAGUUGGAAGUGACAUUAAAUUCUACCCAAGGCAUGACUCACAGGAGUCAGUUCCUUAUAAACAGUAUCCGACUGCUGGGGAUCCAUAUGCUUCAUGGAGGAUUACUGCUGAUGAAUCUAAGCUAACAUACUGGAAAUGGUUUGUAUGUCACUUUCAGAAAGAACUGGAGGAAUACUAUAACAUGAAAUUCCAGGGGGAAGAAGAAAUUCCCAAUGAAUGGAAAAAGUACAGCAAAGAAGAAGCGAUUGGAAGUCUGGAUGAAAUGUGCAAGCAGUGAGAAAACUGUAACUGUUCUUAAAAUAAAGAGUCUACAUUGAGUUUUCAUUACAAACAAAAAUAGCAUCUGAUCCAAUAUCAGCGGCAAAACAUCUACUUAAACUUUAAUCUAUAUAUUCUCAAGUUUUAUUAAAUAUAGAAAAGUUAGGAACUCUGUAAUGAGAAAAUCACCAAAAAAGAUUUGAAAGAGUAGACAAUGUUUGUAUAAUUUAUUUAGUUCUAAAAAAAAAAUCCUCUAACAUAUUUGGUCUUGAAUGGGAUGUUUUUCUACUAAAAUCAAACUUCUUGAUUUUUUUCAAUAUUAUAGAGAUGCAUGAUACUGUGUUUAUAAAUAAUAUAAAGAUUUUUGAUAAAAAAUAAAACUGAAUAGUUUUUUCAGACUACAGAGACAUUAGGUCUGAUUUAACUUUUUUGUUUGUUUUUACUUUUUUUUCAUUAUGUCAUUAAUCACAUUAAUCAAACAUUAAAUAUAUUAACUUUAUAUGUAUUACUUGUUGUCUUUGUAAUGUGUGGAAACAGCUUUUAACUAACCUGAAGUUUUCUUAAAAUAAAUUCUUGUAAUUUUAUGUUUGGAUGUUUAAAGUCUGAAGAACAGUGAAAAGAUGUAAAACGUUAAACUAAGGAAUCAUGUGAUGUGUGAUUUAUUUUAUUUACUUUUUGCUGUUUUUACAUUCUCAAUUUCUUAUUUUGUUUUUCUGAUAAAGAAUUUAUAAAAGAACAUGGAACAUAUAUUUGAACUGUUACUGUUUUAAAGGUCAUAAAGGAGAAACUUUUUUUUUUUUUUUUUACAAGCAACAAAUGUUUGUAAACUGACUUAUUUCAUUUGUGUGAGGGAUUUUAAAACUACAGGCAAUUAUCUUAUUUCUAUAUUUGAAAAUUCAUUGUGUCUUGCCUGAAUA